AUGAUGAUGAUUCCAAGCAAAAUAUUCUCUCUACUUCAGUUUUUCACUCUUUUAUAUCUCCUUACAGUUACUUUUGCUUCCGUCGAGGAAGCAACUUCCCUCCUGAAAUGGAAAGCAACUUUCAAGAAUCAGAACAACUCCUUAUUAGCUUCAUGGACACCAAGUUCUAACUCAUGCAGGGAUUGGUAUGGAGUUAUAUGCUUUAACGGUAGGGUAAACAAGUUGAAUAUUUCAAAUACUAGUGUAAUUGGUACACUAGAUGACUUUCCAUUUUCAUCUCUUCCUUUUCUUGAGUAUCUUGAUCUUAGCAUGAACAACUUCUCCGGCAUCAUUCCACCUGAAAUUGGUAAACUCAUUAGUCUUAUCUGUUUUGAUCUAUCAAGUAAUCAGAUUUCAGGCACAGUCCCACCACAAAUCGGCUCACUAGCCAAGCUUCAAAUCCUCCAUAUGUUUGACAACCAUUUAAAUGGUUUCAUUCCUGAAGAAAUAGGUCAUCUAAGGUCUCUUACUAAGCUAGAUUUAAGUUCUAACACUCUUGAUGGUUCUAUUCCAACUUCACUGGGGAAUUUGAACAACUUAUCCCUUUUAAAUCUGUAUGAAAAUCAGCUUUCUGGCUCCAUACCUGAAGAAAUAGGUUACCUAAGGUCUCUUACUCAGAUAGAUUUGGGUACUAACUCUCUUAAUGGUUCUAUUCCGGCUUCAUUGGGGAACUUGAACAACUUGUCCCUUUUGUAUCUGCAUGAAAAUCAGCUUUCUGGCUCCAUACCUGAAGAAAUAGGUUACCUAAGGUCUCUUACUCAGAUAGAUUUGGGUACUAACUCUCUUAAUGGUUCUAUUCCGGCUUCAUUGGGGAACUUGAACAACUUGUCCCUUUUGUAUCUGCAUGAAAAUCAGCUUUCUGGCUCCAUACCUGAAGAAAUAGGUAACCUAAGGUCACUUACUAAACUAGUUUUGUACAAGAACUCACUUAAUGGUUCUAUUCCUGCUUCAUUGGGAAAUUUGAACAAUUUGUCCCUUUUGUAUAUUAAUGAAAAUCAGCUUUCUGGCUCCAUUCCUGAAGAAAUAGGUUACCUAAGGUCUCUUACUCAAAUAUAUUUGGGCACUAACUCUCUUAAUGGUUCUAUUCCGCCUUCAUUGGGGAACUUGAACAGCUUGACUAUUUUGUCUCUGCAUGAAAAUCAGCUUUCUGGCUCUAUUCCUAAAGAAAUAGCUUCAUUUGGGAACUUGAACAACUUGUCCCUUUUGUAUAUCAAUAAUAAUCACCUUUUUGGUUCCAUUCCUGAAGAAAUAGGUUACCUAAGGUCUCUUACUCAGAUAGAUUUGGGUACUAACUCUCUUAAUGGUUUUAUUCCGGCUUCAUUGGGGAACUUGAACAAUUUGUCCCUUUUGUAUCUGCAUGAAAAUCAGCUUUCUGGCUCCAUACCUGAAGAAAUAGGUAACCUAAGGUCACUUACUAAACUAGUUUUGUACAAGAACUCACUUAAUGGUUCUAUUCCUGCUUCAUUGGGAAAUUUGAACAAUUUGACCCUUUUGUAUAUUAAUGAAAAUCAGCUUUCUGGCUCCAUUCCUGAAGAAAUAGGUUACCUAAGGUCUCUUACUAAGCUGGAUUUGAGUUCUAACUCUCUUAAUGGUUCUAUUCCUUCUUCAUUGGGGAAUUUGAAAAACCUGUCUAUUAUGUAUCUUCCUCGUAAUCACCUUUCUGGGUCCAUUCCUGAAGAAAUCGGUUAUCUAAGGUCUCUUACUGAGCUACAUUUGGGCAUGAACUCUCUUAAUGGUUCUAUUCCAGCUUCAUUUGGGAAUUUGAACAACUUGUCCCUUUUGUAUAUCAAUAAUAAUCACCUUUCUGGUUCCAUUCCUGAAGAAAUAGGUUACCUAAGGUCUCUUACUCAGAUAGAUUUGGGUACUAACUCUCUUAAUGGUUCUAUUCCGGCUUCAUUGGGGAACUUGAACAACUUGUCCCUUUUGUAUCUGCAUGAAAAUCAGCUUUCUGGCUCCAUACCUGAAGAAAUAGGUAACCUAAGGUCACUUACUAAACUAGUUUUGUACAAGAACUCACUUAAUGGUUCUAUUCCUGCUUCAUUGGGAAAUUUGAACAAUUUGUCCCUUUUGUAUAUUAAUGAAAAUCAGCUUUCUGGCUCCAUUCCUGAAGAAAUAGGUUACCUAAGGUCUCUUACUCAAAUAUAUUUGGGCACUAACUCUCUUAAUGGUACUAUUCCGCCUUCAUUGGGGAACUUGAACAGCUUGACUACUUUGUCUCUGCAUGAAAAUCAGCUUUCUGGCUCCAUUCCUGAAGAAAUAGGUUACCUAAGGUCUCUUACUAAGCUGGAUUUCAGUUCUAACUCUCUUAAUGGUUCUAUUCCUUCUUCAUUGGGGAAUUUGAAAAACCUUUCUAUUAUGUAUCUUCCUCGUAAUCACCUUUCUGGGUCCAUUCCUGAAGAAAUCGGUUACCUAAGGUCACUUACUAAACUAGUUUUGUACAAGAACUCACUUAAUGGUUCUAUUCCUGCUUCAUUGGGAAAUUUGAACAAUUUGACCCUUUUGUAUAUUAAUGAAAAUCAGCUUUCUGGCUCCAUUCCUGAAGAAAUAGGUUACCUAAGGUCUCUUACUAAGCUGGAUUUGAGUUCUAACUCUCUUAAUGGUUCUAUUCCUUCUUCAUUGGGGAAUUUGAAAAACCUUUCUAUUAUGUAUCUUCCUCGUAAUCACCUUUCUGGGUCCAUUCCUGAAGAAAUCGGUUAUCUAAGGUCUCUUACUGAGCUACAUUUGGGCAUGAACUCUCUUAAUGGUUCUAUUCCAGCUUCAUUUGGGAAUUUGAACAACUUGUCCCUUUUGUAUAUCAAUAAUAAUCACCUUUCUGGUUCCAUUCCUGAAGAAAUAGGUUACCUAAGGUCUCUUACUCAGAUAGAUUUGGGUACUAACUCUCUUAAUGGUUCUAUUCCGGCUUCAUUGGGGAACUUGAACAACUUGUCCCUUUUGUAUCUGCAUGAAAAUCAGCUUUCUGGCUCCAUACCUGAAGAAAUAGGUUACCUAAGGUCUCUUACUCAAAUAUAUUUGGGCACUAACUCUCUUAAUGGUUCUAUUCCGCCUUCAUUGGGGAACUUGAACAGCUUGACUAUUUUGUCUCUGCAUGAAAAUCAGCUUGCUGGCUCCACACCUGAAGAAAUAGGUUACAUGAGGUCUCUUACUAAGCUGGAUUUGAGUUCUAACUCUCUUAAUGGUUCUAUUCCUUCUUCAUUGGGGAAUUUGAAAAACCUUUCUAUUAUGUAUCUUCCUCGUAAUCACCUUUCUGGGUCCAUUCCUGAAGAAAUCGGUUAUCUAAGGUCUCUUACUGAGCUACAUUUGGGCAUGAACUCUCUUAAUGGUUCUAUUCCAGCUUCAUUUGGGAAUUUGAACAACUUGUCCCUUUUGUAUAUCAAUAAUAAUCACCUUUCUGGUUCCAUUCCUGAAGAAAUAGGUUACCUAAGGUCUCUUACUCAGAUAGAUUUGGGUACUAACUCUCUUAAUGGUUCUAUUCCGGCUUCAUUGGGGAACUUGAACAACUUGUCCCUUUUGUAUCUGCAUGAAAAUCAGCUUUCUGGCUCCAUACCUGAAGAAAUAGGUAACCUAAGGUCACUUACUAAACUAGUUUUGUACAAGAACUCACUUAAUGGUUCUAUUCCUGCUUCAUUGGGAAAUUUGAACAAUUUGUCCCUUUUGUAUAUUAAUGAAAAUCAGCUUUCUGGCUCCAUUCCUGAAGAAAUAUGUUACCUAAGGUCACUUACUAAACUAGUUUUGUACAAGAACUCACUUAAUGGUUCUAUUCCUGCUUCAUUGGGAAAUUUGAACAAUUUGACCCUUUUGUAUAUUAAUGAAAAUCAGCUUUCUGGCUCCAUUCCUGAAGAAAUAGGUUACCUAAGGUCUCUUACUCAAAUAUAUUUGGGCACUAACUCUCUUAAUGGUUCUAUUCCGCCUUCAUUGGGGAACUUGAACAGCUUGACUAUUUUGUCUCUGCAUGAAAAUCAGCUUGCUGGCUCCACACCUGAAGAAAUAGGUUACAUGAGGUCUCUUACUAAGCUGGAUUUGAGUUCUAACUCUCGUAAUGGUUCUAUUCCUUCUUCAUUGGGGAAUUUGAAAAACCUUUCUAUUAUGUAUCUUCCUCGUAAUCACCUUUCUGGGUCCAUUCCUGAAGAAAUCGGUUAUCUAAGGUCUCUUACUGAGCUACAUUUGGGCAUGAACUCUCUUAAUGGUUCUAUUCCAGCUUCAUUUGGGAAUUUGAACAACUUGUCCCUUUUGUAUAUCAAUAAUAAUCACCUUUCUGGUUCCAUUCCUGAAGAAAUAGGUUACCUAAGGUCUCUUACUCAGAUAGAUUUGGGUACUAACUCUCUUAAUGGUUCUAUUCCGGCUUCAUUGGGGAACUUGAACAACUUGUCCCUUUUGUAUCUGCAUGAAAAUCAGCUUUCUGGCUCCAUACCUGAAGAAAUAGGUAACCUAAGGUCACUUACUAAACUAGUUUUGUACAAGAACUCACUUAAUGGUUCUAUUCCUGCUUCAUUGGGAAAUUUGAACAAUUUGUCCCUUUUGUAUAUUAAUGAAAAUCAGCUUUCUGGCUCCAUUCCUGAAGAAAUAGGUUACCUAAGGUCUCUUACUCAAAUAUAUUUGGGCACUAACUCUCUUAAUGGUUCUAUUCCGCCUUCAUUGGGGAACUUGAACAGCUUGACUACUUUGUCUCUGCAUGAAAAUCAGCUUUCUGGCUCCAUUCCUGAAGAAAUAGGUUACCUAAGGUCUCUUACUCAAAUAUAUUUGGGCACUAACUCUCUUAAUGGUUCUAUUCCGCCUUCAUUGGGGAACUUGAACAGCUUGACUAUUUUGUCUCUGCAUGAAAAUCAGCUUGCUGGCUCCACACCUGAAGAAAUAGGUUACAUGAGGUCUCUUACUAAGCUGGAUUUGAGUUCUAACUCUCGUAAUGGUUCUAUUCCUUCUUCAUUGGGGAAUUUGAAAAACCUUUCUAUUAUGUAUCUUCCUCGUAAUCACCUUUCUGGGUCCAUUCCUGAAGAAAUCGGUUAUCUAAGGUCUCUUACUGAGCUACAUUUGGGCAUGAACUCUCUUAAUGGUUCUAUUCCAUCUUCAUUUGGGAAUUUGAACAACUUGUCCCUUUUGUAUAUCAAUAAUAAUCACCUUUCUGGUUCCAUUCCUGAAGAAAUAGGUUACCUAAGGUCUCUUACUCAGAUAGAUUUGGGUACUAACUCUCUUAAUGGUUCUAUUCCGGCUUCAUUGGGGAACUUGAACAACUUGUCCCUUUUGUAUCUGCAUGAAAAUCAGCUUUCUGGCUCCAUACCUGAAGAAAUAGGUAACCUAAGGUCACUUACUAAACUAGUUUUGUACAAGAACUCACUUAAUGGUUCUAUUCCUGCUUCAUUGGGAAAUUUGAACAAUUUGUCCCUUUUGUAUAUUAAUGAAAAUCAGCUUUCUGGCUCCAUUCCUGAAGAAAUAGGUUACCUAAGGUCUCUUACUCAAAUAUAUUUGGGCACUAACUCUCUUAAUGGUUCUAUUCCGCCUUCAUUGGGGAACUUGAACAGCUUGACUACUUUGUCUCUGCAUGAAAAUCAGCUUUCUGGCUCCAUUCCUGAAGAAAUAGGUUACCUAAGGUCUCUUACUCAAAUAUAUUUGGGCACUAACUCUCUUAAUGGUUCUAUUCCGCCUUCAUUGGGGAACUUGAACAGCUUGACUAUUUUGUCUCUGCAUGAAAAUCAGCUUGCUGGCUCCACACCUGAAGAAAUAGGUUACAUGAGGUCUCUUACUAAGCUGGAUUUGAGUUCUAACUCUCGUAAUGGUUCUAUUCCUUCUUCAUUGGGGAAUUUGAAAAACCUUUCUAUUAUGUAUCUUCCUCGUAAUCACCUUUCUGGGUCCAUUCCUGAAGAAAUCGGUUAUCUAAGGUCUCUUACUGAGCUACAUUUGGGCAUGAACUCUCUUAAUGGUUCUAUUCCAGCUUCAUUUGGGAAUUUGAACAACUUGUCCCUUUUGUAUAUCAAUAAUAAUCACCUUUCUGGUUCCAUUCCUGAAGAAAUAGGUUACCUAAGGUCUCUUACUCAGAUAGAUUUGGGUACUAACUCUCUUAAUGGUUCUAUUCCGGCUUCAUUGGGGAACUUGAACAACUUGUCCCUUUUGUAUCUGCAUGAAAAUCAGCUUUCUGGCUCCAUACCUGAAGAAAUAGGUAACCUAAGGUCACUUACUAAACUAGUUUUGUACAAGAACUCACUUAAUGGUUCUAUUCCUGCUUCAUUGGGAAAUUUGAACAAUUUGUCCCUUUUGUAUAUUAAUGAAAAUCAGCUUUCUGGCUCCAUUCCUGAAGAAAUAGGUUACCUAAGGUCUCUUACUCAAAUAUAUUUGGGCACUAACUCUCUUAAUGGUUCUAUUCCGCCUUCAUUGGGGAACUUGAACAGCUUGACUACUUUGUCUCUGCAUGAAAAUCAGCUUUCUGGCUCCAUUCCUGAAGAAAUAGGUUACCUAAGGUCUCUUACUCAAAUAUAUUUGGGCACUAACUCUCUUAAUGGUUCUAUUCCGCCUUCAUUGGGGAACUUGAACAGCUUGACUAUUUUGUCUCUGCAUGAAAAUCAGCUUGCUGGCUCCACACCUGAAGAAAUAGGUUACAUGAGGUCUCUUACUAAGCUGGAUUUGAGUUCUAACUCUCGUAAUGGUUCUAUUCCUUCUUCAUUGGGGAAUUUGAAAAACCUUUCUAUUAUGUAUCUUCCUCGUAAUCACCUUUCUGGGUCCAUUCCUGAAGAAAUCGGUUAUCUAAGGUCUCUUACUGAGCUACAUUUGGGCAUGAACUCUCUUAAUGGUUCUAUUCCAUCUUCAUUUGGGAAUUUGAACAACUUGUCCCUUUUGUAUAUCAAUAAUAAUCACCUUUCUGGUUCCAUUCCUGAAGAAAUAGGUUACCUAAGGUCUCUUACUCAGAUAGAUUUGGGUACUAACUCUCUUAAUGGUUCUAUUCCGGCUUCAUUGGGGAACUUGAACAACUUGUCCCUUUUGUAUCUGCAUGAAAAUCAGCUUUCUGGCUCCAUACCUGAAGAAAUAGGUAACCUAAGGUCACUUACUAAACUAGUUUUGUACAAGAACUCACUUAAUGGUUCUAUUCCUGCUUCAUUGGGAAAUUUGAACAAUUUGUCCCUUUUGUAUAUUAAUGAAAAUCAGCUUUCUGGCUCCAUUCCUGAAGAAAUAGGUUACCUAAGGUCUCUUACUCAAAUAUAUUUGGGCACUAACUCUCUUAAUGGUUCUAUUCCGCCUUCAUUGGGGAACUUGAACAGCUUGACUACUUUGUCUCUGCAUGAAAAUCAGCUUUCUGGCUCCACACCUGAAGAAAUAGGUUACCUAAGGUCUCUUACUCAAAUAUAUUUGGGCACUAACUCUCUUAAUGGUUCUAUUCCGCCUUCAUUGGGGAACUUGAACAGCUUGACUAUUUUGUCUCUGCAUGAAAAUCAGCUUGCUGGCUCCACACCUGAAGAAAUAGGUUACAUGAGGUCUCUUACUAAGCUGGAUUUGAGUUCUAACUCUCGUAAUGGUUCUAUUCCUUCUUCAUUGGGGAAUUUGAAAAACCUUUCUAUUAUGUAUCUUCCUCGUAAUCACCUUUCUGGGUCCAUUCCUGAAGAAAUCGGUUAUCUAAGGUCUCUUACUGAGCUACAUUUGGGCAUGAACUCUCUUAAUGGUUCUAUUCCAUCUUCAUUUGGGAAUUUGAACAACUUGUCCCUUUUGUAUAUCAAUAAUAAUCACCUUUCUGGUUCCAUUCCUGAAGAAAUAGGUUACCUAAGGUCUCUUACUCAGAUAGAUUUGGGUACUAACUCUCUUAAUGGUUCUAUUCCGGCUUCAUUGGGGAACUUGAACAACUUGUCCCUUUUGUAUCUGCAUGAAAAUCAGCUUUCUGGCUCCAUACCUGAAGAAAUAGGUAACCUAAGGUCACUUACUAAACUAGUUUUGUACAAGAACUCACUUAAUGGUUCUAUUCCUGCUUCAUUGGGAAAUUUGAACAAUUUGUCCCUUUUGUAUAUUAAUGAAAAUCAGCUUUCUGGCUCCAUUCCUGAAGAAAUAGGUUACCUAAGGUCUCUUACUCAAAUAUAUUUGGGCACUAACUCUCUUAAUGGCUCUAUUCCGCCUUCAUUGGGGAACUUGAACAGCUUGACUAUUUUGUCUCUGCAUGAAAAUCAGCUUGCUGGCUCCACACCUGAAGAAAUAGGUUACAUGAGGUCUCUUACUAAGCUGGAUUUGAGUUCUAACUCUCUUAAUGGUUCUAUUCCUUCUUCAUUGGGGAAUUUGAAAAACCUUUCUAUUAUGUAUCUUCCUCGUAAUCACCUUUCUGGGUCCAUUUCUGAAGAAAUCGGUUAUCUAAGGUCUCUUACCGAGCUACAUUUGGGCAUGAACUCUCUUAAUGGUUCUAUUCCAGCUUCAUUUGGGAAUUUGAACAACUUGUCCCUUUUGUAUAUCAAUAAUAAUCACCUUUCUGGUUCCAUUCCUGAAGAAAUCGGUUAUCUAAGGUCUCUUACUGAGCUACAUUUGGGCAUGAACUCUCUUAAUGGUUCUAUUCCAGCUUCAUUUGGGAAUUUGAACAACUUGUCUAUUUUGCAUUUAUAUGAGAAUCAACUUUCUGGCACCAUUCCUGCAGAAAUAGGUUACCUAAGGUCUCUGACUGAGCUAGAUUUGAGUACUAACUCUCUUAAUGGUUCUAUUCCCGCUUCAUUUGGCAGUAUGAGAAAUUUGCAAUGUUUGCUUCUCAAUGCUAACAAUCUCACUGAGGAGAUUCCUUCAUCUAUGUGCAAUUUCACAUCACUGAAUUUGUUGAAUCUGAGGAGAAACAACUUGAAAGGAGAAAUUCUGCCAUGUUUUGGUAAUAUCAGUCCCCUCCAGUUUGUGAUGAUGUCACAUAAUAAUCUCAGCGGAGAGCUCCCUUCGUCUAUUUGCAAUUUAAAAUCACUACAAAUUCUAGAUUUGGGUAGAAACAGUCUAAAGGGAGCAAUUCCGCAAUGUUUUGGCAACAUGAGUGGUCAUCUUGAGGUUCUGGAUAUGCAACACAACAAUCUUUCUGGAACUCUUCCAACGACUUUUAGAGCUGGAACAUUUAGAAGCUUCAACUUGCAUGGCAAUAAAAUAAAGGGGAAAAUUCCCCAAUCUUUGGUCAAUUGCAAAGAAAUGCAAGUUCUUGAUUUAGGAGAUAAUCAGCUCAAGGACACAUUCCCGAUGUGGUUGGGAACUCUUCCUAAGUUGAGAGUUUUAAGCUUGAGAUCGAAUAAGCUGCAUGGACCAAUUAGAACUUUAAGAAGUGAAAACAUUUUUCUUGAGCUUCGAAUGUUGGAUAUCUCUUCCAAUGCCUUCACGGAAAACUUACCGAUGAGUCUGUUUCAACAUUUAAAAGCCAUGAGGACAAUUGAUCAAACGAUGAAUGCACCAAGUGAUGAAGGAGAUGAAUAUUACCAAGACUCGGUAGCUGUCGUAACAAAGGGAUUGGAGCUUCAAGUUGUGAGAAUCUUGUUUUUGUACACCACUAUCGAUUUUUCAAACAAUAAGUUUGAAGGACAUAUUCCAAGUAUUAUGGGAGAUCUCAUUGCACUUCGCAUGCUAAAUAUAUCUCAUAAUGGAUUGCAAGGUCAUAUACCGCCAUCACUUGGAAGAUUAACUUUGGUUGAAUCACUGGAUCUGUCAAGUAACCACCUUGUAGGAGAGAUACCAGCACAAUUUGCUUCUCUAACUUCUCUUGCAGUCUUAGAUCUCUCCUACAAUCAUCUCGAAGGGUGCAUUCCUCAAGGAAAUCAAUUUCAUACCUUUGACAACAAUUCAUAUGUAGGUAAUGAUGGAUUACGUGGAUUUCCACUUUCAAAAGGCUGUGGUAGUGAUGGUAAUGAUUCAGAAUCAGAGAAAACUGAUACCGGAUCUGAGCUUGAUGAAGAAAGCAACUCUGAAUUUCUGAAUGAUUUUUGGAAAGCUGCUCUUAUGGGCUAUGGAAGUGGACUUUGUAUUGGAUUAUCCAUUAUAUAUAUCAUGAUCUCAACUGGAAAACCGAUAUGGCUUGCAAGAAUCAUUGUGGAGCUGGAGCAUAAAAUUAUGAUGGGAAGAAGAAAGAAACAGCGAAAGCAAAGGAAUUACAGAAGAAGCAAAUAA